AUGUUCUUCUCUCUGUGGUUAUUCAUCAGCAGCCUGGGAGUAUUUCACUCAUGUUUUGGACAGAAUAGUCUCCAUGAAUACUCUGCUGGUGACAUCAUCAUUGGAGGACUUUUCCCUAUUCACUUACAAAGCAACAGAAGCGAAGGGCCUGAAGUGGUGAUUACCUGUAGUAGGUUUGAUAUUCAAAUGUUCCUACGCACCCAUGUGAUGAUAUAUGCCAUUACCAAAAUAAACCAGCGCACACCCAGGGAUUUACCCAAUAUCACCCUAGGAUAUGAUAUCUAUGACACUUGUGGAGAUGUCAGCCUUGCCAUCAAAGCAGCGCUCCAGCUGCUGAAGAACCAGUCAGACCCUCAGAGCUGUUUACUGCCUGAAAUGAUUCAGUCUGCCUUUGCUGAACCCGAAACCAAGGCAGUGAUUGGCGAAAGGUAUUCUGAAGUAUCAAUAGCUGUUGCACGAAUUCUUGCUCUGUCAUCAGUUCCCCAGAUUAGUUUUGCAUCAACCAGUGAGCUGCUCAGCAGAAAGUUAAAGUUUCCCACUUUCCUGCGAACAGUACCCAGUGAUAAACAUCAGACCCUGGGCAUUGCUAAACUAGUGGAUGAAUUUAACUGGAAAUCAGUGGCCAUUGUGGGAAGUAGUGAUGAGUAUGGGAAGUAUGGAAGUGAUAGCCUUGUGAGCUACUUCAAUGACAGACAUAUCUGCAUUGACUUUGUUGAGAUUUUGAAAGGUGACUUUGACCAAAACAAAACGUCUACCCGUGAAGAGCUGGAAGACCUAAUGGGAAAGAUUGCAAACUCCUCAGCUGAGGUCAUUAUCAUGUUCACAAAGGACACCAACGUUGAAAUCAUAAUACAAGAAGCAAUUAAAGAAAAACUCAAUAGAACUUGGAUUGCCAGUGAUACAUGGUCCAAUUCUGCAAAGGUCUCUUCAUUGCCUGACAUUCAGUUGGCUGGGCAAGUUUUCGGAUUUAUCUUCAAGAAGCACGAGGUGCCCGGUUUUGAAGACUACGUCACCUCACUGUUUAAUGGAACAAACAGUACCAGUUUCCAAUCUGGAAUUACACUUUGCCCAAAUCAGUCUGAGGAGGACAGAAGAAAGAACUGCUCGCUGACCAACGACCAAAUGGGAUCAGGGACAUGUCUGAACCUAAGCUGCUUAACCUCUUACAUUGACCAAGAUGAGUCCUACAGCGUCUAUUUAGCUGUCAACGUCAUUGUUGAGGGUCUCAAAGACUUGCUAAAAUGUAAUCACCAACAGUGCCAACGUCACUCCAACUUCACUGCCUUUGAGCUUCUCAGGGCAAUCCAGAAAGUCAACUUCACUGUGGACAACACACAAAUAUUCUUUGACGAUCAUGGAGACCCCAGCUUGGGAUAUGACAUUGUGUACUGGAAUGUGUCUGAAUCUAAACAGGGCGCAAAAAUAAAUACCAUUGGGGAAUACAGCCCAAAUGGAAGAAUCAGUGUCCCAGAACAUCUGAAUGACAGCAUGAAUUCUGUGACGGUAACUGCUUACAACUGCUCCAAAACGUGUGAUCCAGGAUUUCAGUUGAAAACGGGAAAUAAAAAAUGUUGUAUGGAAUGUAUUCCAUGUGAAACUAAUCACAUUUCCCCUGGUAACGGUGCAGAGUGUAAGAGCUGUGGUGAAAAGCACUAUUCAACUGACAAACAGGUCUGCCAUAAAAAGAACGACGAAUAUCUCCGUUGGUCAGAUGCCUUCUCCAUCAUUUUGUGUUGUUCGGCAUCGGUUGGUAUAGUUGUUACCACUGUGUUUGUUGUUGUGUUUGGAAUCCAUUUUAAAACUCCUGUUGUGAAGGCGGUUGGAGGGUACUUGUGCUGCGUGGAGCUUUUGUCCCUGUUCGCCGGCUUCAGCUUUAUAUUUAGCUUCAUGGGCAAACCCACUCGGGAAUCUUGCAUGGUAUGCCUACCUGGCUUUGGCAUUGCCUUUUCCCUCUGCAUGUCCUGCAUUCUGGCCAACUUGCUUCAGAUAUGGGUGGCUUUCAACUUUGGCCUGACAGUAGAGUCCUGGAUGAAGAAGAUUAAUCAGCCUUUGGCUGUGGUGGUCACUGUCACUGGGGGCCAGGUAAUCUUGUCUGUGUUAUGGCUGGUCUUAGAACCACCAUAUGUUCAUGAGGAGGAAACAGAUAGAACAAUCCUGCACCAAUGUACGUCAGACCAAACGUUCUUCAUGUCCAUGGUAGCCUAUAACGCUUUCUUGGGACUUAUUUGUUUCAUCUUUGCUUACAAAGGUAGACAGUUGCCGGAUUUAUAUAAAAAUGCAGCUUUAAUCACCAUCAGUAUGCUGCUGUUUUUAAUCAUUUGGCUUAUCUUCCUCCCACUUUAUCUCACUUUGAAAGGGAAGUACACGCCAGCUAUUCAAGCUGCAGCCAUUCUUAUUUCCUGUUUCAGUAUCCUGGGCUGUCACUUGGCCCCCAAGUGUUACAUCAUGCUCUUCAGGAAAGAACUCAAUGAUCAGAAUGCCAUUACUGACUACAUAAAGAAGCAUUAUGAGAAUAAAGGCAUUGCUGUGGUGAAAUCAUAAUUCUCCCUGGUAACAGUUAAUUGCACAAAAGUACCUGUUUUCCACUGUCACACCACAGAUAGCUUGACUAGACCUGAGCUAAGUCCAACACAUCCUUUUGUCGGGGUUGCCCAAGAAAAUAUCCCAUGGCUUUCAGAUGGUUCAGACUGCUGCAGCACCGGGUCAUCCAGAUUUGGUCACAUUACACUAGUGCUGGCCUCUCUUCAUUAGCUUUCUAUUCAGUUUAGAGCAGAUUUUAAGGUUCUCCUUUUAACCUUCUCAUUUAAGAACCUAAUAAAUGUGUAUAUGUCCACAUGGUCUCUACGCUCCCAGGAAAGUAGCUGUCCGGUGGCUGAUGAGUUGGUCUUAAAUAUUAUAUAUUCAAAUCAAAACUUAAGACCCACUUAUUUAUUAUUGUGUGUGAUUGUUAAAUUUGCUUGCUUUUAUAAAUCCUAUAAAGCUCUUUAAAUCUCUUUUAAAUCCUUUAAAUCCCUGAAUUUAAAUUGAUGCCCUGUCCCAAAGACCCGUUGUGUUGUAUUGUGAAAACCUAUUUUAGUUCAUUACUACAAUUUCUUUUUUUAUUUGUGUUUUGUAUUCAACUUGUGCGACACUUUGAUGUACAGAACUACAGUUCAGAAAACAUUUUAAAUAGGACUAAAGUAAAGGUGUUUGGCUAGAUAAUGUGAGCGUCUUUUCAUCUGGAUCAAUUUGUAAAUAGUGCCUAUUGUCUACUUCAUAUGUGAAUAAAAGAGUCACAUACAUGGAUUAACUCAGACACGAUGAACAACUUCUUUUUAUGUAUGUGAAUGCACAGAAAUAUGUGUUCAAGAUUAACUUUAGGUGUGAUUAAGAAUGGGUGUAUUUUUUAGUUUUCAAAGCAAAGAGAGUCAUUACCUGAUGAGGGCGCUGUUCUUUUUCUCUGUUGAAUAGGUGGCUUUGAAGAAGUACAGGUCUUUGCUGGAAGAAAAGUGAGGUGCAUAAUGCUGAACAUUGCACAUUGUGUGUUAAUAUAGAGACUAAAACUUUGAUUAAAAAAAUAAACUGAGGAAAGUAGGAAACCUGGAAACCAUUUAAUGAAUUAAUUAAAAGGGCAAAUAAGGUCGAGAUCCUAAGAGGAACAUGCAGACUAGGUUAUCUAAAAAGAAACUAAAAGGUCAAAGGGAUGAAUCCCAUUCAUUUUUAUUAAGAUAUAUCUUAUAUGUUUAUUUAUUUAGAUUUUUCUUUUCUUUUCUUUCUUUCAUUAUUUUUUAUAUGUAUUUGACAUCUUAGAGUAGGAGAGAUAGCAGAAUGAAAAGCAGAAAGAGGGAGGUGUAUGUGGUCGUAUUUAUUCAAAAGGUUUUAAUACUUAUGUACUACACAAGAUUAUUGUAUUUGUCAUUGGAAUGAAACUCAUUAAAGACAUUGGAAAAGAAAAAUGAUAUGCAGCUUUGUCUGAUUUAUCACUGUUCUUCUGCCGCUACUCCAUCUUUAUAACAUAACAACACAUAACACAAUCAUGAUUAGCAUCUUAGUUAAGGCUUUUGUCUGUAUAGAUGUUCUCUGAGGACCAUUGCUUCUUAAGUGUUUGUGCAUAAUUCAGUAACUUUAAUUAUGCACACACCACCUGCUAUCUUUAGUUUAUUGUUAUUAUAUUUUUCAGAAUUAUGACUUUCAGCCAGAGGCUAGCUAACCUUCAGUGUGAUGUUAAAGCAUUGUAUUUCCAUAUUAUAUUUAGAAACAUUACUUAUAUACGCUUAGUUGCGUGCAUGUGAAAUUAGAUCUGAUGAUCUGCAGAGCUAUGUCUGUGUUUCUUAAGAAGGAUGCUAGCAGUUAACUGUUGUGUGACAUAAUGAAGCAGAGUGUCGAUAAAUCAGCAGGACUUAAAAUACUCUAUGUUGCAUUACGUCCAAAUCAUAGAUUGUAUAAAAAUGGGUGGCAGAACAGCUCCUCAAAAGUGAAGCCAAGGCAAGUACCAUGCUCCCUCUAGUGGCUGGAUGUAGUAUAGAUCACAAGCGCCAUCUCAACUGACUCACUUGUGAACGUCACAUCACUAUUAGUUAUUUGAAACAGGUUGUGGCCUCAUGAUGACUACCAGUUGCCAUGUCAACCACUGCAGUAACUAGGGCUGUGAGAGUAGGGGAAAAAAAUAACUCCACUCUCCAACUGUACUGUGCAGACUCUGGCUCCAAAGUUGCAAAAUGGCGCCGCCCGUUUCCCCAGGAAAAUAGCUUCACUUUGGCCAAUGGGAGGAAAAGGUGAAGCGUUGUCCAAAUACAAUAUGUGGUCUGAACGUAAUCCACUGUCUACGUGAACUUAAACGAAGUAGUAGAAAUAAACACAAGGUUAAGUUCUUGUUCCCAACACUGAACAUCAACUUUGCACAUGACCAAAGAUAAACACACACAGUUCAAGCACAGUCAUGGAAAGGGCUGCUAAGGCUGCAGGAAUCACACUUUUGUUGUUAUCAUCAUUAUUUGAAUGCCCUUAAUAUGAUGAUCGAAGUUGACUUUAUUUGGAACAAUAAAGUGAGAAGAACUCUUAAUUCUACGGCAGAAAUAGAACUAUGGAUGCACUGCAACCAAUGAGUAAUUAACUUUCUUUCAGGGAAAAAAAUGUUACUUAGAUGUAUAUGUUUCAAAUUUCAUUCAUUAAAAUUCAGAAAAGCAAAAACUGUCUUUGAUGUCACAGAUUAUUUACAUUCCAAACACAGAGUGGAGCCCUAAAAACUUCUGCUAACUGUAAGUACAAAGAAUGGUACAAAACUGAAGUAAGUAUAUUUUGUUGAUAAAAACGUUUCUUUAUUCAGCCACUAGAUGGAGCUCUUGGAGCAUUUCUGAAUUGGUUUUGCAAUACUGAUCAGGCAAACAAAUGACCAGCCCUGCGAUAGGCUGUACCUCGCCUCCCGCCUGAUGCCAGCUGGGAUAGGCUCCAGAAACCCCCGCGAACCUAGUGACAAUUAAGCGGUAUGGAAGAUGAGCUGAAACAAAUGACCUUCCUAGCAUGUAUAGGUCUCCCUUGUGCCUCUAAAACAGCUGUGACUCAUCAGAGAAUUGACACGGGUCUUUCCUGUGGUGUCUGGUAGCAGAAUGUUGUCGUUGGGGGCCUUUGGGUCCUAUGGGUUGAGGGGAGGGGCCCCUGUGGGUCAACCCACAGAUGCCAGGUGUCUGGUCUGGUCCAGAUAAUUGUAACAUGUCUAAGUAACAUCUACCUGAAAGCCAUGUCCAAAAUAUAUAUACACACAUGUAUGAAAUGUAUGGUCCAUUUUCAGUGAUAUAUUUUCUGACUUGUAUGAAACUCACAACACAGAUCAUUUGGCUCGGCACCUUAACUUUUCUUUAUUAAAAAAAUACAAAACUUUAAAAGUUUCCAUAGGAAAGCAUUAUGAAUUUGCAAUCCCAUCUCUUCCAUAUCCAUUUCAAAUGUAUGAUUAAACACUGCUUAUUAAUAUCACAAAAACUUUGCAUUCUACAAGUUACAAAACAUAAAAUAAAAUAAGAUAGGAGAAGAGGAGAGGUGCAGUCUGUUUUUGAGUCCCUGUGUUUUAAGUGUUAAUCUUUAAGAUUUGUCUUCAGUGGCUCCUGUAAAGUCUGGAUAACAGACCUGCAUGGUGCGUUCCCAUGCAGAGUAUGGUUACACAGGAGGUCACAUCCAUAGACAGAGACACUUUGACAGAACAAAGUCGCUGAAUAAUAACAAUUACAUGAAUAUUAGUCAAUAAAUAUGUUUCUUGACAUGUUAGCAUCUUAAGGAUUAACACUU